CGAUGCCUCGGGGCUCGUGGCGUCGGCCUGGCGGGCUCCAUCAUAGAGACGCGGCGGCCGGAGCGGCGGCGGGCGGAAGCGGGUCCGUGGGCCGAGGCCGGGCGCCGGGGCUGGGGCAGCGCAGCCGGGCGGAGGCGGCCGCGGGCCGCCUGGGCAGAAUGUCACGAUGGAUGAGGGGGGCACGCCCCUGCUCCCCGACAGCCUGGUCUACCAGAUCUUCCUGAGUUUGGGCCCGGCAGACGUGCUGUCCGCUGGGCUGGUGUGCCGCCAAUGGCAGGCCGUGUCCCGGGAUGAGUUCCUCUGGAGGGAGCAGUUCUACCGCUACUACAAGGUGGCCCGAGAUGUUCCCCGACACCCAGCGGCCACAUCCUGGUAUGAGGAGUUCCAGCGGCUGUAUGACACAGUGCCCUGCGUGGAGGUGCAGACGCUCAAGGAGCACACUGACCAGGUCCUGCACCUUAGCUUCUCCCACUCGGGCUACCAGUUUGCUUCCUGCUCCAAGGACUGCACGGUGAAGAUCUGGAACAAUGACCUGACUAUCUCGCUGCUGCACAGCGCGGACAUGCGGCCCUACAACUGGAGCUACACCCAGUUCUCCCAGUUCAACCAGGAUGACUCCCUGCUGCUGGCCUCGGGGGUGUUCCUGGGGCCCCAUAACUCCUCCUCUGGCGAGAUCGUGGUCAUCAGCCUAGACAACUUCGCGCUGCUGUCCCGCGUGCGGAACAAGCCCUACGAUGUGUUCGGCUGCUGGCUCACGGAGACCAGCCUGAUCUCGGGGAACCUGCACCGCAUCGGAGACAUCACCUCCUGCUCUGUGCUCUGGCUCAACAACGCCUUUCAGGACGUGGAGUCUGAGAACGUCAACGUGGUGAAGCGGCUCUUCAAGAUCCAGAACCUCAACGCCAGCACCAUCCGCACCGUGAUGGUGGCCGACUGCGGCCGCUUCGACAGCCCUGACCUCCUGCUGGAGGCUGGCAGUUCCGGCGCGGCCCCCAGCCGCGUCUUUGACUUGGGCAGUGAUGGCGAGGACGAAGCGGCCGGCCCGGCCCCCGCCCCCGCCCCGGCGCAUCCCAAGGAGGGCUUGCGGCACUUCCUGGACGGGCUCCUGGACGCAGGGGCGCAGCCGCAGCUGGCGGAGCGCGCGCUGGAGACCAAAGUGGCAGAGCUGCUGGCCCAGGGCCGCACCAAGCCCCCCGAGCGCAGCCCGGCAGGCGCCGUGGACAAGCUCCUCAUCUUCACCACAGGCUGCCUCACCUACUCGCCCCACCAGAUCGGCAUCAAGCAGAUCCUGCCGCACCAGAUGACCACAGCUGGGCCCGUGCUGGGCGAGGGGCGGGGCUCUGACGCCUUCUUUGAUGCCCUGGACCACGUCAUCGACGUGCACGGACACAUCAUCGGCAUGGGCCUGUCCCCUGACAACAGGUAUCUGUACGUGAACAGCCGCGCCUGGCCCAGCGGCUCGGUGGUGGCUGAUCCCAUGCAGCCGCCGCCCAUCGCGGAGGAGAUCGACCUACUGGUGUUCGACCUCAAGACGAUGCGGGAGGUGAAGCGGGCCCUGCGCGCCCACCGCGCCUACACGCCCAAUGACGAGUGCUUCUUCAUCUUCCUGGACGUCAGCAGGGACUUCGUGGCCAGUGGGGCCGAGGACAGGCACGGCUACAUCUGGGACCGCCACUACAACAUCUGCCUGGCCAAGCUGCGGCACCAGGACGUGGUCAACUCAGUGGUCUUCAGCCCCCAGGAGCAGGAGCUCCUGCUGACGGCCAGUGACGACGCCACCAUCAAAGCCUGGCGCUCGCCGCGCACACUGCGCGUCUGUCAGGCCCCGCGCCCACGCCCGCGCGCCUUAUUCUCCUGGUUCGCCAGCCAGAGGCGCUGAGGGCCACUGGCCAACAGAAGCAUCCUGGGUGUCCUCGUGCUGCUGGGACCCACUGAGGACGCCAUGGAGGCUGAGCCACUGCCCAGACUGUGUGGGGUCAGAGAAGCCCACAGCAGCAAUGCCUUAGGAAGGGGGUCUGGCAGGGCUGCAGGAGCAGAUGGCCUGGCCCCCAGCACGCUCAUGCACACACACCGCAUCCCGCAGCCAUGACGCUUAGCACUGGGGCGGCCUGGGAGGCCUCCAGGCUGACUUGGGGUGCACAGGACCUGGGGGCCCGCUCUUCACCCACCUGUUUCUUGGGCCUGGGUCCUGGGACAGUCACCACUACACGUAGCUCUCGGCCAGCCCGUGGCAGCGUUUCCUGGGUCUAACCUUGCCCUGGGAACCCCACGCUCCCCCGCUCUGGUCGGUGGUGUGGGUCCGUCUGCCAUGGGCCUGGGUGAACUGCAUGUCACUAGUCACUGUUCAGGGCCUGAAUAAACAGUUGGCAACAGCA